AUGAUGCCUUAUGUCCUGCGUGAACUGGCUGAUAUUGAAGACCGAGAGAACUAUCUGUUCGACAAGUUCACUUUUGAACGGGUUAAAGGGGUUCCUCAACAAGAUAACUCCGGGGACUGCGGAGUAUUCACCCUCAAGUACAUUGAGUGCCACGCACUCGGAAUACCUUUCACAAGUUCGGCUCUAUGCAGGAAAAAGAUCAAGGCUAUAAGGGCGAAAAUGGCUUGCGACAUAUUCCACGAGACGAAGUGCAAAGGCCCUGUCACGCGUAGCUGGGCACAUUUGGAUGCGUUCGAUGAGCCUAUAUGA